AUGGCGCUCAAAUCCGGUGUAUUCGCUUGCCUAAUCCUUGCAUUGUGCGUGGGCUGCAACAACGUCAUGGCACAGAACACCGACCUUAAGGAGACUGAGAAAAGCGGCUUCAUCAUCCCCAGGGUGGUCGAGAAAAGCGGCUUCAUCAUCCCCAGGUCCGAGAACCUCGGCAAGGAGACUGAGAAAAGCAACAUCAUCAUCGGGAGGUCCGAGAACCUCGGCAACAUCGCCUUUAGGUCUGAGAACCUCGGCAACAGGUCCGAGAACCUCGGCAACGUCACCCCCAGGUCUGAGAACCUCGGCAAGGAGACUGAGAAAAGCGGCAAUAUCAUCCCAUGA